UUCACGACCUGAUCGCAUGAAGAAUUGUUUUUGUUUCAAACGGAAUUGGAUGUAAUAUUACAUCUAUAUUCAUUUUAACCAAGAAAAUGACAAUGCUUUCAUAACCCAAGCCAAAGCUGAAAGCAACAAAAAAAGAAAAAAUACAAGAAUGAUGGCAAAGUGGUAAUUAGUGGAAAUUUUGGCAGGAUCUUGGAGGAAUCAAAUUGAGGGUCCAUAAAAAGGAGUGGAUAGAUGGACACUAUCUCUUCGCAAGUGUAAAAGACUGAAUAUCUUCCCCCCAAAAAAAGUAAGGUUGUCCUUUAAUGGCAGUUGAAGAAGGGAUGGAUGACUACACUCAAGAUGGCACCGUGGACCUCAAAGGAAACCCAGUCCUUAGAUCCAAGAGAGGUGGAUGGACUGCUUGCUCCUUUGUUGUUGUGUAUGAAGUCUUUGAACGCAUGGCCUACUAUGGAAUAUCAUCCAAUCUUGUCCUCUAUUUGUCGAGGAAGCUUCAUCAGGGCACUGUCAAAUCAGCCAACAAUGUUACCAAUUGGGUUGGCACCAUAUGGGUGACCCCAAUCUUGGGUGCCUAUAUAGCAGAUGCACAUCUUGGUCGCUACUGGACAUUUGUCAUUGCCUCUAUAAUUUAUAUCUCGGGAAUGUCAUUGCUAACAUUAUCUGUGUCGCUACCUGGACUAAAACCACCAACUUGUCACCAAGCCAACGUAGACAAUUGCAAGGAGGCAUCAACAUUACAGUUAGCAGUAUUUUUUGGUGCACUUUAUACUCUAGCUGUAGGAACCGGCGGCACCAAGCCAAACAUUUCGACUAUCGGGGCCGAUCAAUUCGAUGAUUUCCAUCCCAAGGAGAAGGCUCAUAAGCUAUCUUUCUUCAAUUGGUGGAUGUUCAGCAUCUUCUUUGGAACACUCUUUGCCAACACAGUUCUUGUAUACAUUCAGGACAAUGUGGGGUGGACAUUAGGAUAUGGGCUGCCCACAAUUGGGCUGGUGAUUUCGGUUCUGAUUUUCCUGGCAGGCACGCCUUUGUAUAGGCACAAGGUGCCCGCAGGGAGUCCUUUCACAAGGAUGGCUAUGGUCAUAGUAGCUGCCAUAAGGAAAUGGAAUGUGCCUCUUCCUAGUGACCCUAAAGAACUUUAUGAACUUGACUUGGAAGAGUAUUCUAGGAAAGGAAAGUUCAGGAUUGAUUCAACACCAACCUUGAGGUUCCUGAACAAGGCUGCUGUAAAAACAGGCUCCAUGGAUUCAUGGAUGUUAUGCUCGGUAACCCAAGUAGAGGAAACUAAACAAAUGUUAAGAAUGAUCCCGAUAUUGAUUGCCACUUUUGUGCCAAGCACCAUGGUUGCUCAAAUCCAUACCCUCUUUGUAAAACAAGGCACCACUCUUGAUAGACACAUAGGCAGCUUCAAGAUCCCUCCAGCAAGUUUAGCUGGAUUUGUGACAAUUUCUAUGCUUGUUUGUGUUGUCCUCUAUGAUCGCUUCUUCGUCCCAAUUAUGCAGAAGUGGACUAAAAAUCCUAGAGGCAUCACUCUCCUUCAAAGGAUGGGAACUGGUAUUGUUCUCCACAUCAUAAUCAUGAUAACUGCUUCUUUUAUUGAGAGGCACAGACUCAGUGUGGCCAGGGAACAUGGUUUAGUUGAAAAUGGGGGGCAACUUCCACUAACCAUAUUCAUUUUACUUCCCCAGUUUGUGCUAAUGGGGACAGCUGAUUCAUUUUUAGAGGUGGCCAAGAUUGAAUUCUUCUAUGAUCAGGCUCCGGAAAGCAUGAAGAGUCUUGGUACUUCAUAUUCAACUACUAGCCUGGGAAUCGGAAAUUUUCUCAGCAGCUUCCUUCUUUCAACAGUUUCUCGUAUCACCAGAAAGCAUGGUCACCAAGGAUGGAUCUUGAAUAACCUAAAUAAAUCUCACCUUGACUACUAUUAUGCAUUUUUUGCAAUACUCAACUUCUUGAACUUCCUUUUCUUCUUGAUAGUAAUCAAGUUUUAUGUUUACAAGGCUGAAGUUUCAGAUUCAAUGCAUGUGCUUACAGAAGAGCUGAAGGUGAUGAGAUUAAAGGCAUCAAAUCAAGAAGAGUCAACGGAAUAGAUUGAUGGAAACAUGUUGAAUCAUAUCAAUUGUCCAUUGGAAUGUCUGAGCUGAAAUUAAACUUGUUAGAAGUGAUGGAGCAUCAUCAACGUUAGUGGGUAUGAUAGUAAUUCAAUAUACAAUGUGUUUGCCAAUUAACAACCAUCCGAAAGCUCAUUCUGUAAUCAAUCUAUUAUCUGUAUGACAUUUAUGAAAAUGGGGAUUUAUCAAAUAGUCUCAUUCACCAACUAUUCAAUUAUCAAAAUGCUUUCAA